AUGGAACGUUCUGUGAGGCCGUUCAUUAGCAAAAUCAUCAACAUGUCUUCGGAAGUAGUGGAAGAGGGAAUGGAGAACAAGAAAAAUACAGAGAAAAACCAUAAGGGAGUUUCUGAUCAUCAUCAUGGGGUCACGGGGAGGAAGCCUUCAUCACAAAAGUUGAGAAGAUAUGAUUCCUUGGACAUUGAAUCCCGCAAGUUUUCUACUUCCACUCAUGCCUCUAAGGGGCCCUCGAUGUCAGUGAUUAUGAAACUAGCUUUUCAAAGCCUCGGAAUUGUGUAUGGAGACUUAGGAACAUCACCUUUGUAUGUGUAUCCAAGUGUCUUCCCGGAUGGGAUAAAGAACAACGACGACAUUUUGGGUGUUCUUUCUUUGAUCUUUUAUACCAUCACUCUCAUUACUCUUGUUAAGUAUGGAUUCAUUGUCUUACGAGCAACCGACAACGGCGAUGGUGGGACUUUCGCUUUAUACUCUCUGAUAUGUCGUUAUGCCAAAGUGGGACUUAUUCCAAAUCAACAAAUUGAAGAUGCAGAAGUGUCUAAUUAUCAGCUAGAUUUGCCUAAAAAUAACCGUAUGAAGAUGUCUUCAAGUCUCAAGUCCACGCUUGAGAACAGCCACUUUGCCAAGCUCUUCCUCUUGCUAGUUACCAUGCUUGGCACAUCCAUGCUCAUUGGGGAUGGGAUCCUCACUCCUUGCAUAUCAGUUUUAUCCGCUGUGGUAGGGAUCAAGGAAGCUGCUCCUUCGAUGACUAACGAUCGGGUUGUUGGGAUAUCCAUAGCCAUCCUGAUAUGUCUUUUCAUGGUUCAAAGAUUCGGAACUCAUAAAGUAGGCUACACUUUUGCUCCUAUUCUUAGUGUGUGGUUCAUCUUUAUCGGAGGCAUUGGUGUUUACAAUUUCAUCAAGUACGAUCCAACAGUAAUCAAGGCUUUAAAUCCAAAAUACAUUGUAGAUUAUUUCAUCAGGAACAAAAAAGAUGCUUGGAUUUCUCUUGGUGGAAUUGUGCUGUGCACAACAGGAACUGAAGCAAUGUUUGCUGAUGUUGGACAUUUCACAGUCCGGUCCAUACAAAUAAGCAUAUGCUCUGUGAUAUACCCUGCUAUCAUGCUUGCCUACACGGGACAAUCCUCCUUUCUUCGCAAAAAUAACGAUCUUGUUUCAGACACUUUCUACAAGUCCAUACCACGUCCUUUAUUUUGGCCAAUGUUUGUUGUUGCUGUUUUGGCAUCAAUCAUAGCUUCUCAAUCCUUAAUCUCUGGGACUUUUGCUAUCAUUCAACAAUCCCUCUCACUUGGAUGUUUUCCUCGUGUGAAAAUAGUACAUACAUCAGCCAAGUAUGAAGGACAAGUUUACAUCCCCGAAGUUAAUUACAUUCUCAUGCUUUUAUGCAUUGUAGUCACUGCUGUAUUUAAAACUACCACAGAAAUUGGCAAUGCUUUUGGGAUAGCAGUGGUGUUUGUAAUGACACUUACAUCUGCUUUGCUUGUUCUGAUCAUGAUUAUGAUAUGGAAGACACACAUACUUUUGGUUAUCACCUAUGUUCUUAUUAUCGGUUCUGUUGAGCUUGUCUACUUAAGCUCGUGUCUAUACAAAUUCAAAGAAGGAGGGUAUCUUCCUCUUGCCUUUGCUGCUGUUCUAAUGACCAUCAUGUACGUUUGGAAUAAUGUGUAUCGAAGGAAGUACUAUUAUGAAUUGGAACAAAAGGUUUCUCCAGAGAAGCUUAAGGAGAUUACUUCUAGCACAAACUUACUUCGAUUGCCUGGCCUUGCCAUGUUCUAUUCUGAGCUUGUUCAAGGCAUCCCACCCAUUUUCAAGCAUUAUGUGGCAAAUUUUCCUGCUUUGCACUCUGUCAUUGUCUUUGUUUCCAUCAAAUCCUUGCCUAUUAGCAAAGUUCCUAUGGAAGAGAGAUUUCUUUUUCGUCGAGUAGAACAUGAACUCCUCAAUGUAUUCCGAUGUGUUGCUAGAUAUGGAUACACUGAUGUGCGAUCCGAGCAAGAACCUUUUGAAGAUGUGCUUUUUAAAAGGUUGAAGGCAUUUAUUGCUGACGAAUUUCUGGCAUCCCAAAGAGUACGACAGAGUGAUAAAACUGAAGAAAAAAUGAGUGUUGUUGGUGAUGAGAAUGAUGAACUACAAGAGGCUGGUAAUAAAGAGAGACUGUUGCAAGAGGCCAUUGAAAAAGAGAUGGAUACAAUUGAAAAAGCAUUAAGUGCAGGCAUUGUUCACUUGAUUGGUGAGAGUGAGGUGGUUGCUAGCAAAGGAUCUGGCAUAGGGAAAAGGAUUCUGAUAGAUUAUGCUUACAAUUUUAUGAUGAAGAACUUGAGGCAAUGUGAGAAAGUGUUUGAUAUUCCUCAUAAGCGUAUGGUCAAAGUGGGAAUGACUUAUGAACUUUAAAUAACAAAACAGUGCACAAAUACUUCAAGAAGAAAGAGAGAAUAUGAACAGAGAUAAACUCCGAGGAUGCUUGUUGAUUAGUGCUCGAAAAUGAAGGGAUCGAGCAAUUUCCGUAGAUCUACUUGCUCGGGAAAAUAAAAAAUAAUAGUUGUUGUAACUUAAGGGUGGGUUUGGUACAAGAGAAAUUUUUUGGUGACCGGGAAUCAUGAUUGAUGGGAAUACAGUAGAAAUUGAGUUUACUUGGAAUCUUACGAAAGAGGUGUUUGGUUCGCCAAAAUAUUACCGGGAAUAUUGGGUAAAAAUUACUGAUUUCAUAUUUGGUUUAGAACGAAAUAUGACUUGGAAUAUGAGGUUAUUUUAUUUUUACUUUUGUAAUUGAUAG